GGCCAAGUUAAACUUUAGACAUCAAUGACUACCAAUCAGCGAACGACGUCGAAUUAUCCAAUGAGAUUCACGAACUCAGUUGAAUGUUGUAUAGCGCUUGAUUCAUUUCAAUGCGUGCCCUUACAAGGUUGCGUUUGCAAUUCGAGGGGGAUAGUGUCUUUCAGUAUUGCCUGGAAUUAGGCUUGCUUCUAAAGGAGAGAAGUUGUUCGUGUGGUGGUGUAAUGAGUUUAAAAAGCUUUACUAGGUCAACUGAUGGUUUUGCACAUCGUUGUGGAAUAUUCUGGAAGCGAGUUAGUAUCAGAGGGUAAUAUUUCGUAGGUCGAAACUGAAUCCUUAUGCAUUCCUUACGCACAAGAGUUGUGAAAAACCAGUGAAGCACGGUGCCUCGGUUAUGUACCUUUUUGAUUACCUAACUUUGUGUCACACUUUGAAAGUGUGGCUGUUGAUAUGCUUCUUUAUACAAUAAUAAAUGUGAACCUUACACCUCAUUCAAUAUUUUUCUUCUUACAGGAUAUAUCUCAGCCACAACAGCAAAGCACAUAUCAAAUAAUGUUGACAUUUAGGUCACCUACCAACCAAGGCAUAUUAUUUGGUGGUUGCAGUGAAUAUGAUUUGCGACAGUCUUUGUAGUUUUCCAUAACGAGUUAUUGAAGCAUUAUGCGUGUGAAGUAUCUAUGUCCUUUGCGUCUGGUUGCUCUUUUGUUAAUCGCAGGUGCCCUUAUUAUAUUAUGGGAACAACGGUAUCUUUCUUGUUACUCUAAAUUCGCCAGCCUGACAUGUGACCAUGAACCUGAAAGUCAACAAGCAGUCUGCGGGAAACAGAACGACAGAUGGAAUCGUAGUACUAAUGAGAUCUAUCGUAACUGCAUACAGUCCAUACAAUGUAUUGUUAACGGAGUUCCGACACCUAAUUGCUACUUAACUCGAGAAAAAGACGUACUUGUUUCCUUUGAGGUAGUUCGUACCCAUUUAAAGGUUCGUUUAACACUUUUAUUGUCUUAAUUAUUCAUUCUGUGUGGACAGAUAAAUUUCCAUGAAUAUCUAGGUACUUUUUCAUGCUAUCAGGAUCUUAUUAUAAUGUUAUGUAUUGAAACAGUAUACAGUAGUCUAACAUUUAUUUCUUUAAUAUAAGGGAUAUGGAUUAUAUUAAUGUGAAAACUCAGUUGAAAAUAGAGUCUAUUUUCAUGUUAGAUGUUUUGAUUCGAUCGUGUGCAUAGUGGCGCAGUUCUUUUUCCCGUAAUCAUAUCGUUAGUGUGUACAACUGACGUUUUUCAUUACAGUCCUUUUAUUAAGCGAGUGACAUUCAGAUAACAAUAUCUGAUACACUUGAUACCACAGAUGGCGAUCAAGAAAGCUAGUAAAAUAGCAUGGUGAUAUAUGCCACUUAUUGCUAUACGCAACUGAGAAGCAGUUAUGCCAAGUAGUAGCACUUGCCAGUCAAGCAGUCAGUGGUACAUACUGCCAUGACGCUUCAGUCGAAGGACUUUUAUAGUUUUGUCUGUAUUAGUAGACAGCUGGUUAUGGUGAACUCUCACCGUACCAAAAUAGCAACUUCGUUUCCCAAUUUCAUUUUUACGUGCUCGUAACCGAUUUCCUGAACACUGAAACAUUUUCAUAACAAAGGUAUUACUGUGACCUAAUACUUUCGCUUAUUUGCUGUAUUUCUUGCAUGUUUCGUCACUUCAGUUUGAUUUAUUUGUGAAAUAUUUUAAGCCAAACACUUGUUUGUCUGUUUGUUGUAUCUAGCGUUUUAUUUGCAGAGAAUGAAUUCAGAGGUGUAUGAAAUGUCUUAUGCGAAUAUGAAAGUGAUUUUGGAUUUUCAUUUGCAGAAGUGAUUUGGCCAAGAACUAGAUUCAAAUUUACCGGUGCUUUUCACUGCAUCCCUUAUAAAUGCUCUUCAUAGUAUAUUAGUCAUCUGAAGUGACAAGUAAUUCCUGGCAUCAAAAGGCUACACCGUUAUGAAAGGAAGUUGUCUGUCAGGAUGAAAGGCUUAAAAAAUAGAUUGUCUGAAGUUAGGACUAUUUGUUUGUUACGUAAUGUCUAGGGAUUGAGAAAGUGGUUUUAUUUAGUCACAACUGGACCUGCCGGAGAAGAUUUUCCAUAUACCAGGCUGUAAGCCACAAGUACUGUGUGAGGAUUAGUGAUACUACCCAGUUGUCCGUACUGAGGUAGUACUAGUGGAGUCCGAAUUGGAGACCUGCUAACUGCAAGUCAAGUAAUCAGGCUGAUAAGCUAAUAAGAGACCAACUCUGUGGUCGCAAGGUUUCCCUGUCCUGGGUUAAGUCGUAACGAUGUCUAUGAGUAUAAACUGCCGGGAAAUCCUGUUCCAUAUUAAAGUGAUAUCGAAUUACGUGUAUAUAUUCUACCUGAGAUUAAUCAUAUUCAUUUUUCAGGUCUUUGGUUCUCUCGAUAUGUCAUCCAACACAUUCUAUUUGAAUCAUGCUAAUGUUGAAGUCCCAAAGGUGCAUUUGUAUAAACAUAACCCCAGGGGUGUAUAUAUGCAGUACAACAAACUGAGUGUAGAGAAAAGACUCCAUGUGAAGCUGGUCACUGCUGAUGAAGGUACUCUAUUCUCUAUUUUAUCAUUGGUGCAGUUUGUUAAUUACGAUAUUUUCUCACCUCCCUAACAUGUUUUUGUUAGUUCUGUGAAAUCUAUCAGAUAUGGCUUGUAGGUAGAAUUUUCUAUGAUUAUGACAGCGCAUGUGAAAUUCUUCAAAUGAGAUCAUUCGUCUGUCUGAUAACUGUAAUUGUAACUUAGUCUUAAUGCAAAGUCUACUGAGGCAAAUAUGCCAAUUAACUCAAAUGCACCACGUGAACGUCUUAUCUCCAUUCAUUUCAAUAGUUGUUAAACUAGUGGAAGCUGUCCUUCAAUGGGAAUUGAGAUAUGUCUGAAUAUUCCCCUAGAAGUGUAUGUAUAUUGUACGUUGAUUCUUCAGUCAUGUAGACAUACUAAGGAUUCACUUAAAAAAGAUGGACCGUCCAGAUAUAGGAAUUUGAAUACCUCUAUUUCUCAAAUAAUCACCAGAGUAAUGAGUCACUAAAGGCAACAGAAAUGCACCAAAUGCUUGAAAGUAAAUUGACUGAUUAGAUAAUGCCACUUUUUCGAUUACUAUAUUCAUUAUUAUGCUCUGUUCUUGUUUUCAUGACUAUAUGACAUUUUAUAUUCUUAGAGAAAUUUAUCGGAAAACAGUUACCACAAGUCAGUGAUCAUUAAUAUGGCUGAGGUUAUAUUGAAUAAUACGAGUAUUGUUUAGAUGAGACACAUAGUUGGAUAAACAUUUAUCUAUAGUUCUCAUAUGUGAAUAGAUUUUUACGUUUUAGUUUUUUCUUAUAAAUUUACUUUUUAGUUACGCAUGGGUUUGUUCUUCAUGUAUUAGCCGUUAAAAGUUUUUCUGAGUGAAUAGUCCCAGAACAAGGAAUGAACUGAUGGUACAGAAAGCUGUCGGACUGUGUUUGCAUUCAUGUAUUCCAUGUAUAUUUGAUCCUCCGUAUCUCAAAACAGUCUGUCAUGUCCCCUAAAUAGUGUCUGACUAAUUUUAAAAUAGUGUUGAUUAUAUCACGUGAUAUAACUGCUAACUCUUGUAGUUUUUGAGUGCACAUAGUGUAGUGUUUUGAUAAGAUACUACCCGAAGAUGUGUUUAUCAGGUUAGACUUUAUAUGUACAUAAUUACAAAGGCCAAGCAAAAAAGCUGUUUCAUAUCCUCCUUUACUUACUACUUUUACCUUAACUUAUUCACCUCUAUGUUUAUAAUCGUCAGUUUCCCAUCGUAUGGAGGUAGCCCAAUCAACAACAUUUUUUUUCAGGGGAAAUAACCAUUGAGUCAUGAAAAAAAGACAAAUUCAGCGAAGAAAAUUUUUUUAUUGACGAAAUCAUCUUCAGAGGCUGUACAGUCGUAUUUAUAUUUACCAAAAAUGUAUAGUAGUCUAUUAUUGAGUAACAGGGAGUGACAUAAUUGAUAUAAUUACUCAGAAGUGACUUUAGAAGUAAAAAAUAAAAGUUGUAAAUUACGAGGUACUCAACUCACUGUCACCCCCCCCAUUACUACCAUACAUUUUUGGUAAAUAUAAAUACGACUAUACAGCCUCUGAAGAUGAUUUCAUCAAUAAAGAAAAAUUUUCUUCUCAUUAUAAUAAUUUUAAGUGCUUGUGACAAAAUUAUCUUGACUUCUGAUUUUCGGGUAGUUUCAAGGAUCGGAUCAGUGUACUAGUUAUGAGUAGAUACAUGAAACAUGGUUAACCAGUUUACAAUGACUUAGCGUAGUGAGUGUGUUAUAGAAGAUUCAAUUGGAUAUCAGUAAAUGCAAAACUGUAGAUGUUUUUUUUUUCCAAAAAUCUCAAUUAUCCAGAACAGAUUUUUUGUGUACCAGGUAGAGCCACAAUAAUACUGGAAGGCCUGAUGACACUAGCCAGAUGCUCAAACUGAAGUAGAUGGGGUGAGACUCGUACUCCUGACGCACCAUCUGAAAACCAAAUGCUAAAGCCAAUGAGCCACAUCGCCACUGUAGAUGUUUACAUAUAUAUGAUUCAUAGUAUAACCGCACACUCCUUUUUCGUUUAAUCCACUCAAUUAUUUUUAUUCUUCAUGUAAAUCUAUUGUUAUUAUUAUUAUUAUUAUCGUUAUUCAUAUUUAAAGCAGACAUUGUUAAGAAAUUUAUUCAUGGACUUUCAAAGAGUUAUUUCAUGUAACGAAAAUCAAAAAUUGUAUUAUUUCAGGUGUACCAAUUAGUAGUCAGUGGGACCACCGUGGUUACCCCUAUCCAAUUCAAAUUGCUCAGUUUGGUUUGAAUCACUUUAGCCAGUUAAUAACAUCUUACAAAAGCGGCAUCAAAGAUGUACAAAAUACUUCAUCCUCGAUGAAUGAAAUUAUGGAUUUGGAUCUUACUAUCUCUGGUAAUAAUGUUCUUCAUCACUGGACUAACAGAAAACGUUUGGACAAACCGAAUAAUUCGCUUAUGUUGUCAGCGAGAAAUGUAGACUCUAAUAGUCGAAGCCUUUCUAUCACCCCAAAGCUUAAAGAUUGGGAUUAUUUUAUUAUGGUUGGUCGUCAGUGGACCUAUGGGAGUUUUGUCAAACUAUUGGUGCAGUGGUAUCCUCCAAAAACAGCUGAUUAUCACUAUAAUCAUCGUCCCAGAAGGAGUUCGAUUAUAUAUAACUGUUCACAAUCACCCGCUGGACGUGCAACAUAUACUUCUAUCUCUUCCAGUGGAAAUACAGUCAUAUUUUGGAUGCCGGAAUGUGAAAAGUUAGCCAAAUUAUAUGGAUCAGUUGAGAGUGUAAAAUUAGCACGAGAUGUUUACACAGAUUUGGUAAAAGUAUUCUUUCCAUUUUGGAAGUUCUCCGAACACGUUGACUCAAAUGUCAAAAAAUCUCGUCAGAAUAAUAAUACCAGUUAUCCUUUUCAUGUACAAGUUCUGGAGAUAAAUGUCUACAUCAAUUCGAAUAAUACAACUUCUGACGUAAUGAUAGAGAAGCUACGUCUUGGUAAAGCAGUGAAUUCACAAACAAUAUUAUCUGAUGCAAGCAAGAGGGAAAUGGGAUCAACUGAAAAGCUAUUACAUGAAAUACGCUUUAUUUCGGCUGCUGACUGGUUCAUCCAUCAUCAAGAUAAAAAUGGUGCAUGGUCAGUUAAUGUUCGACGUUCUUUGAAAGGGAGGGGAACUUUACAGCCUGGUUGGUAUUCUGCUAUGGGCCAAGGUCAAGCUAUUUCCUUAUUGGUCAGAGCUUACAACUACACUGGUAAUCUGUUGUAUCUACGGGCAUGUUCUCGUUCACUAGACUUGUUUAAUUUAAGCAUAAGAUAUGGUGGUGUUCGUUCGUAUUUUCUCAAUCAGUCAGAAUUAAUAUGGUUUGAAGAGUAUCCAUUUGAUCCUCCUAUUCAUAUACUGAAUGGUUUCAUUUAUUCACUUAUUGGAUUGCAUGAUUUCACUCAGGUGGCAAUGGGCAAUUCAGAUCCCUCAGUGUCUUCGGGUCUGUUGAAAGCGCAAGCUCUUUUAGAUGCAGGACUCACAAGUUUGUCUAAAUUGCUUCCACUAUUCGAUUCUGGCAGUGGCAGCUUCUAUGAUCUUCGUCAUCUUUCAGCCGACUAUAUUCAACCUAUGAAAGAAACUGAGCAUAAGCAAGCCAAAAAUACAUAUCAGUUGUCUUCCGGUCCUAACAGAGCUCGUUGGAGCUAUCAUUCUUUACACAUUCAGCAACUACGAACUUUGAUUGAUUUAGAUCCGAAACGAGCUGUUCAGUGGAGAAAUACAGCUGUUCGGUGGACUGCUUAUCUCAAGGGCUUUCAGUCCCUACAGAAUUAGUUUGUUUAUCGUUAACAACUUUGCUUUCACGAAAUUUUUAAGAGUUUUCUUUUGCACAGAAAUGCCGGUGAUUUUCUAGAAUAAAGCUUCAUAUUAAUGAUUGGUCAAUCAUAUAUGAAUGUUGCACUAAUCAUGCAGAUUUUACUGUUGAUAUAUGCAAUUCCAUGCAUUUUUUUCAUAAAUGAUUUAUGAAUAUUAGUCAUCUUUUAUAUUUUUGUUGUUGCCCGUAUUCAUGUAAUCAGUUAGACUCUUACAAUGAUAUUAAUAUGAUCUACAUACUUCAGUGAACUACCAAGUAUGAGAAUGUACCCAAAAUUGUUCAUUUAUAUUAUUAUCAUUGUUACAUUUCUAAUGGCUCAAUUUUGAUCUUAUCCAUGGCAAUACAAG